CCAAUCAAGCCCCUCCAGGUCUCGCUGUCGUUACCCACGUAAGCAUUGAAGUCUCCCAGUAGGACAACAGAGUCUCCAGGUAGAGCACCUUCCAGCAACCCACCCAGGGACUCUAACGGUGUGUUCACACCGAACGCGAUGGACGCGAACAAAACGCCCCAAACGCCCCUAAUUUGACGCGUGCACAUUCGCGCCUCUAUGCGUGUCCAAGAAAAAUCCAUCGCGCGUCAAAAUAUCAUAUUUUGACGCGCGUGAACCGGAAAUGUGGGAGGGAUGUGGGAGGAAGUUGUGCCAGACCGGUAUCUUUGCAAGAUGGCAGCUGUCGAGCUAGCGCUUGAAGAGAGACUCUCCCUUCUCUAUGUACUGUGGAGAGCAGAGCAGCGGCGUAAAAGACGUCCUCGCCGUACCUGGGUCCAUCAGGUCCUCCAGAGGCGUGAGCAGUUUGGUGAGUUUCACCACUUGCUCCAGGAGCUGCACCUGGAUGACGGCCGAUUCCAGCGAUAUCACCGUCGUUCACUCGGCCAGUUUGAGGACCUGCUUUCCCGCGUCGGUCCCAGAAUCGCCCGCCUAGACACCAAUUACAGGCGCUCAAUCCCACCUGCAGAGCGCCUGUCCAUCUGCCUGAGGUUCCUUGUCACCGGGGACUCCUUCAGGACCAAGCGUUCAGUUUCAGAGUCGGUGUGUCAGAUCAUCCCCCAGGUAGCGACGGCCAUCUGGGACUGUCUAGUGGACGACUUCAUGGCUGUGCCUUCACCUGGAGACUGGCGGUCCAUCACAGAGGGAUUCCAGGAGCGCUGGAACUUUCCUCUGUGCUGUGCAGCUCUGGAUGGGAAGCACGUCCAGACAAAGGCACCCCAUAUAUCAUAUAGGAGACACACACAUUGAUAUACACUAAAUAUUUAUUUCAUUUCUUUUUUGUGGUGCCCAAAUUUAUGCACCUGCUUGAUUUUGUUUAAACAAUUA